AUGUUGCGGUGAUAGCCAGGUGUGUACACGUUUCGAGUACGCGAAGGGACCUCUUUCACCCUCUCCCCACUUUUCGCCGCUCGCUCAUCCGUGUGUCUGUUCACUGUAUCGCCUUCUUUGUACCCUCCCUUCGUGGGAUGUACGUGUGAGAAAUUAAUUAUAAUAAAGGAAGAGAGGAAGGCAACGAUGUGGCGUGCAUCAGCGCGUCUCGUGGACCUUUGAUCCCUGUGUGGUCGGGUCGGUAGCGUGGUCGUUUAGAGAGGGUGGAUCGAGAGGACGAGCAGAUCCAGGGGAAGGCCAGUUUCGAGGAUAGCACGGUUGGCCACGCUCGACAGGCUUGUUAUGAUGGCCAACGAAAAGACACAGAGACCGUACAGAACAACGUUACCAGUGCCAGGUCACUCGGAAGUAAAUCUAUGCUCGGUGUUAUCACUGGGCAAAGAUCUUAGCAAGAUCACUAUGCCGGUCAUCUUCAACGAACCGCUUUCUUUCCUUCAACGUGUAGCCGAAUAUAUGGAAUAUGCUAAAUUGCUUAAACAAGCUGCGCAAGAAGAAACUCCUAUUAAAAGGUUACAGUACGUCGCUGCUUUUGCUGUAAGUGCUUUGGCUUCGAACUGGGAAAGACUUGGCAAACCCUUCAACCCGAUACUUGGAGAAACGUACGAAUUGGAACGUGAAGAUUUUCGAAUAGUUUGCGAACAAGUAUCGCAUCACCCACCAGUAUCCGCGUUCCAUGCAGAAAGUGAUGAAUUUGUAUUCCAUGGCACCAUACAUCCGAAAUUGAAAUUCUGGGGCACAUCUAUAGAGAUUCAUCCGAAAGGCAUUGUCACCGUCGAACUUCCAAAAUGGAAGGAGGCAUAUACUUGGCAAAACAUCAACUGUAUACUGCAUAACGUGCUCGUGGGUCAAUUAUGGAUGGAACAGCUCGGUUCUUUGGAGAUCAAACAAAAUGGUGGAGUGAACUUGAAGGCAAUUCUCUCCUUCAAGAGUGCCAGUUGCAAUGGAAAGGAUCUUCAUCGCGUCGAAGGCUUUAUAAUGGAUCAAGAAAAGAGAAAACUUCUGUUUCUUUAUGGAAAAUGGACAGAUAGAAUAAAGGUGUGCGAUCCUUCCUUGUACGAGGAAGCGUUGGAGAAGGUGAAACGUGAUGCGAAGAGUCCUCAAGGUAGUCCUGGUCACAAGAAGGUUCUUGCAAAACUGCACAGUCUCAAAGUUGGAGCUUUUAAACCUUCUCAUCAGGAUGCAAUUGAUGAUCCAUCAGCAAGUAUAGACGGAGAUGAAACUCCAACGAUCGAUGAUAUUCCUGGAUCAAUUACUCUUUGGGAAGCUACUCCAAGGCCAUCUAAUAGUUCAGAAUAUUAUCAAUUUACAACGUUUGCAAUGUCUUUAAAUGAAUUGACAUCGGAAAUGGAAAAAGUGAUAUGCCCGACAGACUCGAGAUUAAGACCGGAUAUUAGGAAAUUGGAAAAUGGUGAUCAAGAUGGAGCUGCGGCUGAAAAGAUGAGACUUGAAGAAAAACAACGGGAAACGCGUAAAUCUCGAAAGCAUAAAAAAGGAGAAGAAUGGACACCUAGGUGGUUCCAAUUAUCCAUGAAUCCAUACACAAAUCAAAUGGAUUGGUUAUAUCGUGGAGAUUAUUGGGAUCGUAACUAUAGCAACAUAGAAGACAUAUUUUAAUAAAUGUGGAUCCUUAUUCGAACGGAAAAACUAAUAAGUAACGAAAUAUACUGUUCUCAUAAGGAAUAUUUAUACAAGCAGAAUUAAAUUGGUUGCUUUUUAACAAUGAUAUCGCAUGAAUUUUGUAUCGUUGGUCGAUUUGUAAUUCUCAAAACGAUUUAAAGAAAUGCUUGCUUAUGUCAUCGUUAUAGCUAUAAAUAACAGAGAAACAAACAAAUAGAAGAUGUAAGCUAAUACACGUGCUCUUCUAAAGAUUCUU